UGGAGGAAGAAGAAGAAGAAGGAGUAGACGAAGAAGAAGGAGGGCGGGGAGCCACCACCGCUGUUCUCUACAAGCAUGAAGAGGUGAAAAACAUGGUGCGGUGACAAUACCCCCGGGACACCGACUGAGAGCCGCGUUCACCUUUUUAAACAUAACACAAUACAAUAAAUCUGCCAACGGACACACGAGAUACCGGAGGCGCCAAGAUGAAUCGGCAUCGUGUGGACUCCCUGGGGCCGGAUGAUGAGGUCAUGCCGUACAGCGACGACGAGACGGAUGACGAACUGGAGGCGAGCUCUGAAGAGGAACCAGAAGUGAUGCCAGGAGUCCCGCAACCCCCGGUGGAAGAUAGACCCAGUGAGAUGGCAUGGAAGGUGAAAGCUAACGACCGACCUUAUCACCAAUUGCCAGAGUUUCAGAAAAAAGUCUUCCUAUGCAUCAAGAAGAGCAGAUACUCUGGAAACGACAUCAAGACGUACAAGUACAACGUCCUCACCUUCCUCCCCCUGAACCUGUACGAGCAGUUUAAGAGAGUGGCCAACCUCUAUUUCCUGGCUCUGCUCAUCUUACAGAUUAUUCCAGACAUAUCUACUCUGCCCUGGUAUACCACACUGAUUCCUCUGGUGGUGGUGCUGGGAGUCACUGGCAUCAAAGACCUGGUGGAUGAUCUGGCGCGGCACAGGAUGGACAAGGAGAUUAACAACAGGAAGUGUGAUGUGCUGCUGGAUGGCGGGUUUCAAGACUUGAAGUGGAGGGACAUCCAGGUUGGCGAUGUGGUUCGUCUAAAGAAGAACGACUUCAUUCCGGCUGACAUCCUGCUGUUAUCCAGCUCCAAUCCAAACAGCCUCACCUAUGUAGAAACAGCUGAGCUCGACGGGGAGACCAACCUGAAGUUUAGGCUAGGACUCCGAGUGACUGAUGAGAAGCUGCAGGAGGUUCAUCAGCUGGCUGAGUAUAAUGCUCUGAUUGAGUGCGAGGAGCCGAACAACCGUCUGGACAAGUUCGUGGGGACAAUGCUGUGGGAAGGGGAGCGCUACCCUCUGAGCCUGGACAACAUGCUGCUCCGAGGCUGCAAGAUCCGCAACACCGAGGCGUGUCACGGCCUGGUGAUCUUCGCAGGCGGCGACACCAAAAUCAUGAGGAACGGCGGGAAGACGAGGUUCAAGAGGACCAAAAUUGACGAGCUGAUGAACUACAUGGUUUACACGAUCUUCGUGCUGCUGAUCCUGGUGGCGGCCGGUCUGGCUAUCGGACACACCUUCUGGUACGAGGAAAUCGGCGCCGAUGCCUGGUAUCUCUUCGACAACAAAAACCAGGGCGCCUCCUACAGAGGCUUCCUCAGCUUCUGGGGAUACAUCAUUGUGCUCAACACCAUGGUGCCCAUUUCGCUCUACGUCAGUGUGGAGGUGAUUCGUCUGGGCCAGAGCAAGUUCAUCAACUGGGACUUGCAGAUGUAUUACCCAGACAAUGACACACCAGCUAAGGCUAGAACCACCACCCUGAACGAGCAGCUCGGUCAGAUUGAGUACAUCUUCUCCGACAAGACGGGAACUCUCACUCAGAACAUCAUGGAGUUCAAGAAGUGCACCAUUGCCGGCCGCAGCUACGGUGACCCGACCACAGCAGAGGGAGUGGCGCUGGACCGAGGAAGGCCGGUGGACUGGAGCUGGAACCGGCAGGCUGACAGAAAGUUCACGUUCAUGGAUCACUCUCUGGUUGCCCGCAUCCGAUCCGGGAAGGAUAAAGAUGCUAACGAGUUCUUCAAACUGCUCUCUCUCUGCCACACCGUCAUGGUGGAGCACAAAGACGGUGAGCUGGUGUACCAGGCGGCGUCUCCUGACGAGGGCGCCCUGGUGACGGCCGCCAGGAACUUCGGCUAUGUGUUCCUGUCUCGCACGCAGGACACCAUCACCAUCAAGGAGAUGGAGGAGGAGGAGAAGACCUACGAAAUGCUGGCGCUGCUCGACUUCAACUCUGACCGCAAGCGCAUGUCCAUCAUCUUGAAGUUUCCUGACGGUCGCAUCCGUCUCUACUGUAAAGGAGCCGACACAGUCAUCUACGAGCGACUUUCCCCAAACACCAGGCACAAGGAAACCACCCAGACUGAUCUAGACGUCUUUGCCAACGCCACCCUGCGGACGCUGUGCUUGUGCUAUAAAGACAUCACCCCAGCGGAGUUCGAAGCCUGGUCCCGGGCACACAAGGAGGCCCAGGUGGCCAUGUUCGACAGAGACGGCGCCCUGGACCGCGUGUACGAGCAGAUCGAGAGCAACCUGAUGCUCAUUGGGGCAUCGGCCAUCGAGGACAAGUUGCAGGACGGAGUACCAGAGACCAUCGCCACACUGGCCAAGGCCGACAUCAAGAUCUGGGUCCUGACUGGAGAUAAGAAAGAAACGGCAGAGAACAUCGGAUAUUCUUGUUCACUUUUGACAGACGACAUGCAGAUCCACUACGGAGAAGACAUCAAUGAGAAACUGGGGAGCCGUCAGGCCCACCGGAGACACGGGCCUCAAACGUCACGUCAAGGCAAAAAGAAACCCACGGAGCCUUUCUUCCCUGCGCCGGGCAAAAACGCUCUCAUCAUAACUGGAGGAUGGCUGAAUGAGAUUCUGUACGAAAAGAAGAAAAAGCGCCGUCGCCUGCGCCUGCGUCGUCUGGGAAAGCGGACGCCUCCCAGCAACCCUCAGGACGGACAGCCGAUGGACGACUGGGAGAAGGAGAUGAGACAGAUCGACUUUGUGGACAUGGCCUGCGAGUGCGAGGCAGUCAUCUGCUGCCGCGUCACACCGAAGCAGAAGGGCAACGUGGUGAGUUUGGUGAAGAAGUACAAGAAGGCCGUGACGCUGUCCAUCGGAGACGGAGCCAACGACGUCAACAUGAUCAAGACUGCAGACAUCGGGGUGGGCAUCAGUGGUCAGGAGGGGAUGCAGGCUGUCAUGUCCAGCGACUACGCCUUCGCUCAGUUCCGCUUUCUGCAGCGCCUCCUACUGGUGCACGGACGCUGGUCCUACAUUCGAAUGUGCAAGUUCCUGCGUUACUUCUUCUUCAAGAACUUCGCCUUCACACUGGUCCACUUCUGGUACUCCUUCUUCAACGGUUUCUCGGCACAGGUCGCCUAUGAAGACUGGUUCAUCACUCUCUACAAUCUGGCAUACAGCAGUUUACCUGUUCUGCUAGUUGGACUUCUUGACCAGGACGUUAACGACAAACUGUGCCUGAAAUUCCCCAAACUCUAUCUGCCUGGCCAGCAGGGGUCCUUGUUCAACUACAAGAACUUCUUCAUCAGCUUGUUCCACGGCAUCUUCAUCUCGCUCAUCAUCUUCUUCAUCCCCUACGGGGCCUUCCUGCAGACCAUGGGGCAGGACGGAGAGGCCCCCUCCGACUACCAGUCCUUCGCCGUCGUCACCGCCUCGUCGCUCAUUUUUAUCGUCAACCUGCAGAUCUCUCUGGAUACGUCCUACUGGACCUUUGUGAACUGCUUCGCGGUCCUGGGCAGCAUAGCCAUCUACUUUGGCAUCAUGUUUGACAUCCACAGCGCCGGGAUCCACGUCAUCUUCCCCACACCGUUCACCUUCACCGGUGCAGCGUCAAACGCUCUGCGUCAGCCCUACCUGUGGUUAACCAUCAUCUUGACUGUGGGUAUCAGCUUGCUGCCCAUCAUCUGCAUCCAGUUCCUCCAUAAAAGUAUCUGGCCCUCUGUAGGCGAUAAGAUCCAGAGGAACAGGAAGAAGUACGAGAUGGAGAUGGAAGUGGAGGAGAGGAAAAAGCCGCCAACCUUCCAGCGCGGCCAGCGUUCCCGCCGCUCCGCCUACGCCUUCUCUCACUCCCGCGGCUACGCCGACCUCAUCUCGUCUGGGCGGAGCAUCCGACUGCGCCCGUCGGGCCGCGGAGGGCCCCAAAGCAGCAUCAGGGAGAUUCCCCAAAGAGAGGCCGAGAACAUCUGACAGAGCUGAGCGGUAGAUGGAGCAGAACUGUAUCCAGAAGGAGUUUGAGGAGCAAUUGCUUCUUCUUCAUGUUGGUCUGUGGAGUCGCUGCUUAAGUGGUCAACAUCGGAAACGGCACAGAAAGAAACAGCCUGGUGGGAGUUUAGAGCGACCACUCUGGUUUAUUUAAGUCCCUUUUAGAGGGAGACUUUGACUCCACUGCCUCCAGUUCCUCCUCUAUGCACAGAUGACCACCGCUAUCGGGUUUUAGGUCAUGCAGCAACUGUGUGACUGACAAUGUGAUUUAACUAAGGAUUUUAAAAAAAAAUAUAUAUAUUUUUAGUCAGUUUGUCCCUGCUCAAGGCUACUGUGACUGGAUGUGGAGCCGUAACGUUAUUUAAUAUGAUGCUUAUUUUUGGCAUUCAUAGUUUUAGCCAGAUGUCUGCGGAGCACUUUAUGUUAGUGUUUUAUUCAAAUAAAAAUUAUGCCAGUCAAUUUGUCCGUUAUCUGCAUGAAAACAGACAUCUGUUUAGUUUAGUUUAGUUUUACUUCCAUCCGUUGAGAUGCAAAUCCAAAGAUUUUCUUGGACGGGCUCAAGCUGAACAUAUCAAGUAUGCUCUUUUAAUGUUUUAUUAUAAAUAAUAGUGGGAUGUUACUAUGCCGGGCUCUGCAAGGUGGUUGGAUGUUCUAGUGUGUCUUUAUUUAAAAACAACUUGUAAAUAGUGAUCUUCUCUCCUGUGCUGCGUCACAUGUCCAAAGUGUCCUUACAGAUAUUGUAUUACAAUAUUAUUGUAGUCACUACUUUAAGUGACCUCAACCUUUUUUUGUUCCCGCCUUGAUCUUUUAAAUACCUCUUUCAAACCCAAAUCCUAUCAUUUGUUCUAAACCUCAUCUUUUUUGUUCUUUUAAUAUACUGAAGCUGCAAGGAGCUCCAGUUUGUCUUCCUUCAACAACAGUGUUGGCAGAAUGUAAAUUCCAGCACUCUUUACUUCCAAUAGAAAGAAACGCAGCAAGGAGGAAUGUAAAUUCCAGCACUCUUUACUUCCAAUAGAAAGAAACGCAGCAAGGAGGUCUAGGAUUAUCUCCAUUUUGAUUAUGGCGAAGUAGUUUGUUCCGUUUCUGUUUUGUUUUUUUCUUUACAUCGCACGUGACAUAAUAAUGAGGAUUCACUGGUUGUUUACAACAAACCCAAAAGGAUUUAGGACGUUCAUAAACCGCACUAAGCCAAAACUGACAGUUAUGUUACUGUAUCCUCUCGUGUUACUGUAUGCGGGUCUUUUUACUGAAUGAAUGGAGGCUGCUUGGGAUUGUACCGGCAACAGUUUGGUCUCUGUCAUGAUUGUAUUUUAUCACGUGAUUGUUAAUAAAAGCCAAGGGCACGUUUAGCAAUC